AAUCGACAAAGAGACGAAACAUAAGAAUUAGAUCGAAUUCGACUUGAUCUUGAUACAUUGAUAUCACACUUUACAUUCAAAUUAAUAAGCUAACAGCAUUUCGUUAAUAGGAUUAUAGAAAUACUAACACAUAAAUAAACAAAGAAUAAUCUAAUUUAUAGUAUUAGAAAUACUUUAUAAUACGUAAUUCAAUAUAGAUGUUUAAUCUGUUAUCGUAUUUUUGCAUGUUAUAAGAAGCAUUUACAAUAUGGACAAACCUGUAUCUUCAGAUAUUGUACUCAUUGCGGGCAAUUCCCAUCCAGAAUUGGCUAAUCUUAUCGCCAAUCGAUUAGGUGUUAAACAUGGAGGAUGUUCUGUGUAUCAUAAAUCAAACCGUGAAACUAUGGUUGAAAUUGGAGAUUCUGUACGCAGCAAAGACCUCUAUAUUAUUCAAACAGGAACAAAAGAUGUAAACAAUAACAUAAUGGAACUUUUGAUUAUGGCAUACGCAUGCAAAACUUCUUCUGCAAAGAAUAUUGUUGGUGUCAUUCCAUAUUUGCCUUAUUCUAAGCAAUGCAAAAUGCGUAAACGAGGUUGUAUAGUUUCUAAAUUAUUAGCAAAGAUGCUUUGUAAGAGUGGUUUAACACAUAUAAUUACAAUGGAUUUGCACCAGAAGGAAAUACAAGGAUUUUUUGAUGUACCAGUGGAUAAUUUGCGUGCCAGUCCAUUUUUAUUACAAUAUAUUCAAGAGUCUAUACCAGAUUAUCACAAUUCAGUGAUAGUUGCGAGAAAUCCUGGUAGUGCAAAAAAAGCAACUAGCUAUGCAGAAAGAUUACGUUUAGGAAUAGCAGUCAUUCACGGAGAACAGCGAGAGGCAGAGUCAGAUAUGAAUGAUGGACGUUAUUCUCCGCCUGCAUUGGCCUCACGAACAAUGGAAGUUGGCGUUGGUGUGCCAAUGCAUCCUGCAAAAGAAAAGCCUCCAAUUAAUGUAGUGGGGGACGUAGGCGGACGCAUAGCUAUUAUGGUGGAUGACAUGAUAGAUGAUGUUCAAUCUUAUGUAGCUGCAGCAGAAGUUCUUAAGGAAAGAGGAGCAUAUAAAAUUUAUGUUCUAGCUACGCAUGGACUUUUAAGUUCUGAUGCACCAAGAUUAAUAGAAGAAUCUCCAAUUGAUGAGGUCGUUGUUACAAAUACUGUCCCUCAUGACGUCCAAAAGAUGCAGUGUCCAAAAAUAAAAACUGUUGAUAUCAGUAUUUUGCUGGCAGAGGCUAUUAGGCGUAUUCAUAAUAAAGAAUCCAUGUCAUACUUGUUUAAAAAUGUCUCUUUGGAAGAUUAAAAAUUACGAUGAGAUAAUAUCUUCCAAACAUACUGACAGUUUCCAUAUCUGAGGACCAUAUGCAAAACAUAUCUAUUAAAUUUUGUCUAUUACUUUA